GUUGAUUGCGUGGGGAACAAAUGUGCAGGAGCGCGGGUGUUGGGGGAAGCAGCGUGGAUGAGCACCGUCUCCUUGGAUCCGAGGUGUUGGGGGCCGAGGAGCUAUCCGAAAUGAAUAAAGAUGCACAACUCCGAGCAACAAUAAACCAGAAACUGAUAGAAACAGGCGAACGAGAACGACUGAAGGAGUUGCUCAGAGCAAAACUCACUGAAUGUGGAUGGAAAGAUCAGUUAAAAGCGCACUGCAAAGAUGUGAUCAGAGAAAAAGGAUUGGAACAUGUUACAGUAGAUGAUUUGGUGGCAGAAAUAACUCCAAAAGGAAGAGCCCUGGUGCCAGACAGCGUGAAGAAGGAGCUUUUGCAGAGAAUAAGGACCUUUCUUUCUCAGCAUGCCAGUCUCUAAACUUGAUGCCCAAAUUAGUUUGCCACUGCUUUAUUAUUUCAGACUAUGAAUUUAAUCAAUCAUCAAAAUGGCUCCCAUUUGAAGCUGCACAGUUUUAAUUUUGUGAUCAGCUUUGUGACAAUUUUUGAUACAUUUAUUGUUGUAUUUUUUACGUUCUCAGCCACGAUUCAAAAGCAGCUUUUUUUACUCGCCCUCCAAUCUUUUUCUUGGUAUGUUUAAAAAAUGUUUGUUGAAAUAAAGAUAUUUUGAAACGA